UCACACACACACACAUAUAUAUAUAUAUACUCACAAAAAGUACAUAGCUACGCUCGAACAAACACGAUGACAUAGCUAAAGAUUCUUUUGUUACCUGUCAAAUUGAACCUCAAUCGCUCCUGUCACUCAUCGAAAUAGCCUCUCUCGUUAUCAGUCUAAAAUCGUUGGAAUAUUAAUAUUCAUACUACUCGGAUUCAUAUCGAACUGAUGAACUAUGCCCGCAACAUUAAGGAAAUACUGUGCCUUUCCGUACAUACUUUACCGCCAGAGAACAAGUUCUAUCUUAACUGUGUUAUGCAUUUGUUCAGUGAGUUUAUAUUUACUAAAUAUCAGACAUUCACCUCCAGGAAACGAAAAUGCCCUCACAUAUGAUGCUCCCCCCUUGGGUCCGUUUGACUGUGCAGCGCUUAUAAGACAGGAUGAAUUUGCUUCAUCGAAUGCAGAAACAUACUCUACUUUACAUCCGCAUGUUUCAUUACCUAACGGAGAAUAUGCUAAAAACCUGUGUCAAAAUUGUGAUGAAUUUCGGAAACGUGGCAGGUAUAUCUCUAUGAAUAAUGUUACAAAAGAAGAAAAAGACUUUCCUCUUGCUUAUUCCAUCGUACUUUACAAAGAACCCGAUCAAGUUGAAAACUUACUGAGGGCCAUUUACCGUCCACACAAUUAUUAUUGCAUUCACGUUGAUAAAAGUUCUGAUCCUUUGAUAUUGAGUGACAUGGAAGCGAUAGCAAAGUGUUUACCUAAUGUUUACAUUGCAUCUCGCAUUAUCGACGUUCAAUGGGGACAAUUUUCUGAAACUGAAGCAGAGUUAAUCUGCAUGAAGGAUUUAUUAAAAUAUAAAAAAUGGAAGUAUUUCAUAAACUUAACGGGACAGGAAUAUCCGUUGAAAACCAAUCUACAGAUUGUACGUAUUGCUAAAGCGUUUAAAGGAGCGAACGAUAUUGCUGGAGUACGUGGAAAUUACGAUUUUCGUACAAAAUUUCGCUAUGUUAACUUUCGACGAAUGGGCUUGAAACCCCCUUCACCACAUAACAUUACAGUUUCAAAAGGAAGUAUACACAUUACAGCAUCACGUGGUUAUGUAGAAUUUCUUAUCAUGGAUCGUCGAUCACAAGAUUUUAUUAAUUGGGUCCGGGAUACAAGGAACCCAGAUGAAACAUUAUUUUCAACAAUGAAUCACAACCCACACCUGAGAGUACCUGGUUCUUUCAACGGGACGGAUAUUCAUAAAAAGCCUUUAAUUUCAAGAUUUAAACUUUGGAAAAAUAUUAACCCGAACAGUUGUCAUGGAAAGUGGUUAAGAUCGGUUUGUGUUUUUGGACACGAUGAUUUGAAACAAUUAACAAAUUCGCCGAAACUAUUCGCAAACAAAUUUGAACAGGGCUUUAUGCCAAUGACGCUUCGUUGUCUCUCAGAAUGGCAUUAUAACAGAACACGAGAUGAAUAUGAUGGAAAAUACGUAUUUAGUGCCAAAGCCUAUGAAAAACAGCGACAUGUUCUUUUACGGAUACAGUAAUUUAGCGAACUAUUAUUGAAAUUGGUUAGAUGUGUCACUUAAAAUAUUUAUAUAAUUUUUCUUUCUUUGUGCUGUUCAUAAAAGAUAUCUUGCUACGGAUAGGAAUAUAGGAAGGGUAAUAGGAGGUUUAGAUCAAUAAAGUUUCGAAACGGUGUGAUAUGUCGUGCAGUACGUUAACCGAAACUUAUUCUAGUGAAGAAAUGUUUUUUGUCCAACUACAUGCGGACUGUAAAAAUCGGAUUAUUUUGAGUUUAUUAUCUAAAUUGAAAACUUUCGUAAAUCGAUCUAAGUUGAAUAGGUAGCAUAGUCAUAUAAGAAUGGGUUUCUGAGAUUUGAUUUAAUCUGAUAUUUAAAAUUUUCGAGAUUUAUGUAUAUUAGUUUCCUCAAUAUUAACAUUACAUAGUUGUUAAGGAAUAUCUCUGAAGAGAGGUUAUUUUGAUAAAUAUAUUAUGCGUGGGAUAUAUUAAUACAUUUUGACAAUGUUAUGGUAUGUCAAGGAAAUCACUCUAUUUACGGAGGCACGCACACACACAUACGCAAACACAAACACGCACACAAACACAGUAUGGUAGUAUAAGUGGAGGCACAUGGCUUAGUGGUUAGAGCAACGGAUUCGCGGUCGAGGGAUCGCGGGUUCGAA